AUGUACCCUCUUUCUUUCAUGUUUGUGAUUGCUAAUUUACUGCUUUUCUUUUCUCAGUUCUCAGAUGCAACUGAUACACUUGCUUUAUCCCAGUCUCUUGCCGAUGGCAGUACUUUAGUUUCGAAAGAUGGAAGUUUCGAGCUUGGUUUCUUCAGUCCUGGUAGUUCCAGGAACCGUUAUUUGGGAAUUUGGUACAAAAAUAUCCCUGUCAAAACCGUUGUUUGGGUUGCGAACCGGAAUAUUCCGAUUAACGAUACCUUCGGCUUGUUAAUGAUAAACAACUCCGGCUAUCUCAUACUACGUAGCAAGAACAUGGGUAAUGUUGUUUGGUCAUCAAACUCGACGAAAGCUGCCCUAAAGAGCCCAGUAGUACAGCUACUGGAUUCUGGGAAUCUGGUGUUAAGAGAAGGAAAUCGUGAAAACUCUGGAAUCUACAUAUGGCAGAGUUUUGAUUAUCCAACUGAUACAUUGCUACCAGGGAUGAAGUUUGGAGUGAACUUAAAGACCGGACUUGAUCGGCGUCUUACAUCGUGGAAAAGCACGGAUGAUCCAUCUCCUGGAGAUUUUGUUUGGAAGAUGCAACCACAUGGUAACCCAGAGUACAACAUAUUGAAAGGUUCAAAAAUCUAUUUUCGAUCAGCCCCAUGGAAUGGCAUCUCAUACAGUGGUAAUCCACAGUUAAGGUCUAACAAUAUUUUUAACUUUUCCUUUGUGAAUACCGAGGAGGAGAUUUACUACAUAUACUACCUCGAAAAGAAAUCUGAAAUUUCAAGGAUUGUAAUCAACCAAACUAGCAAUAGGCGCGAGCGCUACACAUGGGAUGAAGCCUCUGUGUCUUGGAAUCUAUAUGCAUAUGUGCCAAAUGAUUAUUGCGACUUCUAUAACCGUUGCGGUCCCUAUGGAAAUUGCAUUGGUGAUGCGUCGCCCAUUUGUCAAUGUUUGAAAGGUUUCGUGCCUAAAUCACCAGAUCAGUGGAACUCAGGGGCUCUGUCUGAUGGCUGCAAGCGCAACAGGUCAUUAGGAUGCAGCGAGGGCACUGGAGAUGGGUUUCUUAAAUUCCGUGGAUUAAAAUUGCCAGACACUACAUAUUCUUGGGUAAAUAAAAGCAUGAAUCUCGAGGAAUGCAGGGCUAAAUGCUUACAGAACUGUUCUUGCACGGCGUAUACAAGCUUUGAUAUUCGAGAAGGAGGCAGUGGUUGCGCCAUUUGGUUUAACGAUUUGAUUGACAUUAGAGAAACUUCCAGUGGUGGACAGGAUCUAUGCGUAAGGAUGUCUGCUUCUGAAUUAGGUAUGUACUACAGUGAUCUUGAUGUUACUCCUUAA